AGUGGUAAUAGUAAUGGAUAGAAAACAUGAUAGGUUUAAAGCAAAAAAGGGAUAGAAGAUUCAUCUGCCUUCUUAUUACCAACUUGUAUUUUAUUAUUUCAUAGAAUAUUGUUACUAGCAUCAGUCAAACAGAGAAAUAGUGUUAAUUAAUAGUGGCAAUAAAAAAACUCUAUAAUUACACUAUACUUUCUAACUUACUGUGACUAUCAGUUGGACAAAUUCUGUUAUUUUUUUAAUCAUUAUUCAAUCGAUAUAAUUCAUCUUACUAUAGUUGGAUCCAUUUAUUAUAAUUUUCUUCGAAACUAAUUAAAAUAGUAUAUACACAUAUAAACAACAACAAAAUCUUUUUUGACAUAUAUUUCCUUUUAUUAGUUACUCAUUACUUUUCAUAUUUGUCAAAUCUUCACGAGUAUUACAUCAGAUUGUUUGUUAUCCAUAAAUCUCACUAAUAUUGACUAAUCAUCUUAUCUAUUUAUUGAAAAUACCUUCAUCAUUGACUGAAUAAUGCCAACUGUUAAAACGGGAAAUAACGUAAGUGUUAAUAUGAAUAGUUUCUUUUUUAUAUAUAAUAUGAAAUUGUAUUAAGGAGAUAUUAAAACUUCAUCCAUAUUUACUCGCUGAAUAAGUUUGAAAUAUGAUUUAUCAAAUGAUCAAAACAAAGUUUAAGUGGACGAAUCGAGUUUAAAGCUUGACAACCAUUGUGAUUGAACAUUAUCAACACUAACCAUUAAUAAAUUUUGUUGUUUAGACUAAUAAAAAGCGAACAUUAACUUGUUAUUUGAUUUCUUUUGACCAAAAAAAACCUUUGAUACACGAAGUGCAUCAUAAAGUACAGAUUUAUGGACAUUCUUAGUACUGUUUACAUAUUAUGUUUCUGAGGGGUAUUAAAGUUAGUUGCACCCUUUGAAAUAAUUCAUAUCACAUAAGUUUUAACAUAUAUGUAGUGUCUAGUUCAUUAUCUGUUCUAUCAAAAUUAGAAGAUCGGUGUAGAAAUGUUAUGACUGAUCUGUAUUUUAGUAUUACAGAUUAAAAAACGUUGUUCCACAGAUCCAUUUGACAUAUGCUUAGUUGUAUAUGACACAGAAUGUACAUAACAAUCAGAACGUUUUCUAUCUCUGUAACAUAUGAGCCAUGAUAUCUGUAUAAUAUUGUUUUGCUAAAGGAUUCAUUUAUCUGCUUAGAGAGUAAUUAAUUCCUUCAUUUGUUCAAAAAGUUUUUUAGAGACUUCAUAAUAUCAAGAAUUUUCAUAAAAGUUUUAAUCCAUUAUAAUUUUCCUAUAAUUAAAAAAAUAUGGUGGGACCAUAAUUUAUGGACGACCUUUAAGCGACACUAGACUGACCUUGAGAGUGUCUACUUAAUAACUAAGACUAAAUGAGGGUUAUAGAUUAGUGUAAGGAAUUCGAAUGAUGAGUUACAGUUUAUGGUUAAGGUUAGGAAUUAGAUUUAGGGUUUUUCCACGAACUAACAUAGGUUAUAAUGCCAAGAGUCUAUUUAGCCAAAUGGAUGAGUGAAUUUCUCGUCAAAAUUCGAUACCUGUUAUCUUAUACCUGAUUGAUUCGUCCAUAAAUUAUAGUCUUGCCAAAAAUAUUUAUCUGUUAGCUAAGGUUCAUUAAAUUUUCUGGAAUUUACGCAUUUUUCUCAACAGUUAGACCAGUGCUUUGAUACAAAUAAUAGCCGUUGUAAUGAAGAAAAAUUUUAUGGUGAAAUUAUUAGGAAGUUGUCUAGGUAACAAGUUUUUGUCAUUAGUUCAGUGUAUAAUCUAUUUCUCAUAUGAUUUAGUAAAUGCGAUUAGGAAAAAAAUGUUUUGGCUUAUGCAAAAGAUCUUACUAGAACUUGUAGAUCAGAUUAUUACUAUGAGUAAGAUAGUUGGAUAGCUUAGCAGAUUAGUUGACAGUUAUAAAUUUUCAUAUUUGUCAUUUAUUUCUUCAAUAACAUUUCUCCAUCAGUCAAUCUUAUCUUUGAAUUAAACUAAUCAAUUUUAAAAUCACUGAGACUAAAAUAUCCGUAAUGUCGAGUGCAUAGAAACAAAGCUGCUGCCUGUCUAUAUUUUAUAUGUGCUCAUCAUUAGAAAUAAAGAAGUCUUUUCUAGUACCAUACAUUUUGAUUCCUAACAUACAAUUAGAUCUAUCAAUUAACCAUUCAUUAUAACUACCAAGCAAUAUAAAAGUGAACCCUAUUUGAUGUUAUUUUAUUCUGAAGCUUUCAAUAUGAAGUAGUUCACUGAUCAGAAUUAUUAGAACUGGUGAAAGUGACCAGUUUUGUCUGCUAUAUUUUAUAGCACGAGGUAUUUUUUGUAAUUGACUACUACAACAUUCUACCUUCGUUUUGAGAAAAUCUGUGCUGCACUAGAAUAAGUUGUGUAUUUUAUAUUCAACUAUAGUAAUCAUUAUUGUGAAACAAACUUACUGUCAGUCACAUGAUCCUGAUAUACUUACAUAACUUUAGUACUUUUAGACAUAUUGACCAUGACAAAGUGUACAGUUAGGAAUGAUCAACUGAUUUUCUUUUUAUCAGUUCUCUGUGAAUCUAUAAUUCUUAUAAUAAUGAUGUAACCUAGACCGUAUCAUUAUUAAAAGUAUUUCCUUUAUUCUCACUGUUAAUAUCUGUCGAGAUUAUUAACCUUGAAAUUGCUUGAACAGUGGUAGGUCAUAGUAACCAUUGUUCAUGGAAGAAGAAUAAAAUAUUCAGUUCAGAUGCAAUGCCAUCAGUAUCUAUAUUUAGUAUUUCUUGUUUGUAUUUUUAGAAGGAUUUUGUUUCGGAUUUUUUUAAAAAAACAAAAUGAAGUAUCCAGAAAAUAUUUCUCUAUAUGUACUCCAUUAUUUCAUCAUGAAAAAGGGAUAAAUUCAGUUUACACUAUCCUGAAAUUUAACUAAGAUAUCUUAAAUAAAACAAAUAACUAAAUGGGUUGUUGAGUAAAAAUAAAACAAUUCAAAGAAGAAACUUUUCUUUCAAAAGAUGCCAUUCUCUAAAGCUGUAUAAAUGUAUUUAUAGGUAUAGUCGAAGGGUAAAGAGUAACAGGUAAAAUAACAUAAUAUGUAGCAAAAAAUGUCAAAGUUACUGGUUCACUUAAUGAAUAUAAGGAAUAAGCAGACACAUACCGAAACAAUUUACAAAGCUAAAAAAUGUAAUAUGGAAUUAAGACAAUGGUAAAAUAAAGGAUUAGAUAUAUCACUGCUAAACACAGAGACCAGAUUUGAAUCGAUGAAUUACCGAAGCCUCCUCAUUUCAGAUAUUUUAUGUCUAGUAUACCUCGAAACCAGUUAGUAUGAUUUUGUUAAACAUUUUGAAUGAAGAUUGUAUUAGAGACAGAUGACUAAGUUUGACCGGUUAUUUACUAAUAAAAUUGUUAACUAAUUUGUAACCACCUUUAGAUAGGUUUGUGCAAAGUUCAGAUAUACGCUUGGAAAGGUCAUUCCUUGUGCUGCCAAUAUAAAUUAUGGUAGCCCUGUUAAUGACGUGGCGGAUUUAUAUUUUAUUGUAGACAACUGAUUACGUGAUAAGUACGAUUAUGAAGGUUUAGUAAACGAUACCUUAGGAUGGAAAAAUUCUUUUCUAUAACUGUUUUUUCUAUUUGAAAUACUUAUUAUCAUUUUGUUUGCAUUUUCUCUGUCAGUAGAUCAGGUACAGUUUUUUUCAUCUUAAUUUGCUACAUCUCAUUUAAUGUUGAUCUUUAAAAUACCUUUUAUUCUCUGAUUAUAUACUGACUGAUUAGUGGGUACAUAAAAUGGACUGAUUCUGAUACUGAUGACUUUCCAUAGAAAAACGUUUGUCCUUAUAAUGGCAACAUAUACAUAUCAUGUGUUAACUAGAUCAAUAAUAAUAAAUCCUAUUCAGGAUAAAUAUAUAGAGUUUAGGCGUUUAGCUUUUUUAUUUAGGUACCCUAUAGAAUGGAAUUUCUGAAAUAUUUCAAAUGAAAAUUGAAAAGAAAAUUAUAGUAGUUAUACAAUUAUUCCAUUACUAUUUAGGUUCUCUCAGUAAUAAAUCUAGAGUUGAAUCUAAUAUUUAGCAUUUUAUUGAUUAAAAUGGUUGUAUACAUUACGAAUAAUGUCGUUUUCCCAUUGGAGGUAAUGAUCGUUGAAGAGGUCUGAGAAUUUACUAUCAUAGUUAUUUUGUAUGUUUUCAUUGUUUAUUUCAUCUAAAUCAAUAUUUUCAAAUCUUCUAGUUUUGAGCACUUAUAGAAAGUACUUAGGCUGUACUUUAAACUUAUAUCACUACUGAGUACAUACGUCCUUAAACUACCAUAACAGUCAGAUAUACCACUUCAUAUGUUCGGCUUUUAAAGCCUAUCAACUUUCAAGAAUAAUAAUUUCAAUCAUUAAUGAAUAUGCCUUUUAUUAUUCUGUCAAACAAUCUUGAAGUAAUCAACAUUUUCUGUCCCAUAAUUCCUUUGUGAAGUAAUAUUGAUUGGUUAUUACUAUUUGUUUAUUGAUUUUAACUGUAUAAUUCUUACUAUUAUUUUGACUAUAUAAAAAUGAGGGAUUAUUUAGGCGAAUAGUUAUAUUUCAUUAAAAUAUGAAUACAUUGAAAUGCUCUGUAGUGGAUAAUAUACCACUAAAAUAAAUGUUUCCAAUUAGUACACAUUACACAGAGCAACAUUGCAAAACAGGUAAAAGAGAGGAAUUAAACAAUGUGAAUAAUGGUAACAUUCCUAUCACAGUCAUGCAGACUGAAGAUAAGUCCACAAAUAUUAGGAAAACUGACAAAUGUUCAUUUAGUUCAGAAAUUCGAAACUCUCAAAUGAACAAUAGUUAUCGAAAUAUAUCUAGAGGUUCAUCCUCUACAAGACAAUUGCAUAAAUAUUCUGCUCCUCAUCCACUGAUGUACUACAAUAUGGCAGGAAAUACAACUCCUGUUAAACAAACAAAUAAAAAAACUGUAAAAAGAUCCAAUUCUCUUGGAUCAUUGUCCAGCAGACCUCCAUUUUAUCCUCCUGGUCCGCAAUCCUGGGAUGAUAUAAACGCUCAUUCGAAUACACCACGUAUACAAAGAAUACGAAUGGCUAGAGAAUGGUAUAAAAGAUCAAAUUCCCUAAGAGUUGUUGGUCGCGGGACAGAAACAGUUAAAAGAAUGAGUAUCCCAACAAAUACUGAGAGCAGUGCAAAAUAUGUUUCACCCAUACAAAAUACAACUAACCAGAGACCAGUAAGCGUUGAUCGGACAAACUUGAAACCUUCACUUCGUCCUUGGGAAUCUUAUAGACUCAGACCAUGUUCAGUUAACUCAUUAUGGUCAUUGAACUAUAUAAAUGAAGACCACAAAAUAACACAUCCUCCACACAAUGAUGUGCAUUCACCGUUUUGGUGUACUGACGAUAAAUGUUCAUUUUGUCCUCAUAGCCACUCAAUCGACUUAUUAAACGUUAAAGAUUCAAAAUGUAUCAACCAGUACAAUCUAAAGUCAUCAGUUUCUCAGCAAAAUAAGGACUUCCAAAGGAUUGCAGAUAAAUAUGAUUUCAUCAACGAAGAUAGUAUGAGAAGUCCAUCAGAAGUAUGCAAUGAAGAGAAAAAACGAGGAAGCUACAAUUCACAUAAAAAUUUAUUCACUUAUAAACCAUAUUUUCAAUCUUUAAGAAAGUUAAAUCUAAUCGCACAACCAGCGCUUACGAGUCUUUGUAAUACGACAAAUCAUCGCCAUAUAAAGCCUUCUUAUUCAACAUCUAACUUAUUAAAUUCCAAGCAUCAACCCGUGAAAAAUAAUUCACUUCGUAACGAAACAUUAAAGCCAUUAAUACUGGAUAAUAUUAAGAAAAAGUUAGAUAAACCUCGUUAUCGAUCUAUCGCAUAUAAAUCAAUUUGUCCGAAUAAUGAAAAACAUAUUUCAAGUGUAUUUCAAUCUUAUCCCAAACAGCUAAUUAUUCACAGUGAAGAUUUCAUUUCAAGAUUUGGCCAUAAUGCUUUUGUCAAAACAACUGGCAAUAAACAGGAUAUUAAUUUGUUAAAAGGUCGCAUCAUACAUGACUUAACAUUUGUUCCAGUGGACAAUGCAAUACCAUGGUGGACAAGGUCAUCAUUAAAUCAAUCAGCAACUUCUCUUCAUGAUAUGAAAAAUAAAGUAAUUUCAAAUAAGGUGAACAAAUGUCGUUUAAAACAAAUACGUGACAGUAAUAAACGAGAAGUCAAUUUAAAUUAUGAAGAUAAUGAACGUAAACUUCAUUUAAAAAGUACACCUGAUCUUCGUGAUAAUACCAACUAUGAUAACAAUAAAUCAAAUAACAUCAGCGGAUUAAAACCUAAUGUAAAUUUGAAAAAACCUCAUCGAAUAUUCACUUCAGCUGCUUCAAAAAUUAACCUACAACGUCCCCGAACAAAAUCUGAUAAGAAACAACGAAGUCAAUCUAAUCCACGUCCGGUAAUUAGUAGACCUAUACCUGCAGAAAGUUCUCAGUUUAAUAGACCUACACAAGAUUUAACUUCAUUACAAUUUGCGAACAACAUUGGGCCUCAUAAAACAAAUAGGCAAACACUGUCGCCACUGCUAACAUCACAGGUACCACAAAUCAAAUUGAGUAACUUACGUCCAGUAUCCAUGACAGGUAAUGAAGAGGUUGGAAUAUGGACUGAAAAGCCAAUGGAAUCUGUACAGCCUGGAAGUAAAACUAUAAUAAACCAACUAAUGGAAUGUGACUUAAAUUCAAUUGAAAAUUGUUCGAUUUGUCAUAAAAUAAUGCCAGUAAAUGAACGUUAUGAUUUAGUUGAUCAAGUGAUACAUCGUAAUUGUUUCAAAUGUUCAAUAUGUAAUGAAACAUUAACUGAUAAAAGUGCAAUAUUUCAAAAUGAUCAUUCAUUGACAUCAACAACAAUCUUAACACAAAAACAAGAGAUUGAUGAAAAAAGUGAAAAUGGGAAUAAAGAUACUAAAAAAUCUGACCUUGAACGACGAAUAUCAAACGCCAGUGGUGGACGAAUGGGAAAUAUUAGAAAUAAGUUUGAAUCAGGUGAAGUGAAUAGUGAUAAAAGGAAGAACAAAAAGAAAUCUGCACCAAAAAUGAAAUAUGCUGGUGUGGAAUCAGUUAAAACAAAAUUUAUUGAAGAAGCUACAAAGGCUACAAUGAGUAAGGUAGAAGAUGGGCCUAGGAAACCAAAGGAAUUCACUCCACCACCGGAUGGUGUUGCUGUUGGUAUAUUAGAAAGUAAUCCAAAGCCAAGAGCACCAGAUGUCGUUACAUCGGACGAUAUGUUUGAACCAGUGGAUUUAAAAGAGAUUAGUGAAAAAACAAAAAAUUUGAGGGCGAAAUUUCGAAAUAUGGAAGCAGUUGGUGGACAGAGCAUGGAUGGAGAUAAUCGUAAAAAAAGUUCAUUCAUUGAUGAAUCAAUUACAGUUGCACCGGAAGCUACAAAAAAUGCAAGAGCACGAUGGAAGGAUAUUGAAAGUGGUAAAACUGAAAAAGAUGCAUUAUCAGAACGUCCGAAACUUGAUAUACAUGACGGUUAUGGAGGGGUUUAUGAGAAUGAACCUGAAAAAUUUGAAAAUAUCGCUAGAGCUGGUGAAACAAAAAAAGAUCUACCAUCUGGUGUAAGUGCUAAAGAAAGACGUGAAUUAUUUUUGAAGAAAGCUGCUGAUACUUCCGUUGUAAAGAGAGAUAGUAUAAAGCUUAUAGAUAUUAAUGCUGCUGAAAGUGGAAUAUAUGAAAAUGAACCAACUCGACUUGAUAAUGUAGUCCGUUAUGAUGACGAUCAAACAGAUGACUAUCCAAGUAAUUCUGUGAAAUGGGCAUCUGAAGCGAAAAACAGAUUUAUACAAGAAGCAUCUAAAUCACAGAUAACAACAGGAAGUAACAAGACUAUUUUAUUGGUUGAAGAUGGUCAUACAAAUGGUAAUAGUGAUGGUGCACCGAAACAAGCACGAUAUACUACACAGGCUAAACAAGCCUUCUUAGAACGUCAGAAACAAGCAGAAGAAGCUGCGAAGAACAAAAGUCGACCAGAUAUUAUUGAUAUAUGGCAAGAACAAUGUCCACACAGUGGAGUAUUUGAAAAUGUACCAGCUGCUCAUACAGCUGAUGUGGUAGUCACUGACGAAUCUGAAGAAGACGAUGAGGAAGAAGAGGAAGAGCAAUAA